GUCGCAGCUCAGUCCCCGGUAUAGUUAGCGCUCUCGUAGGCCGCGCGAGUCAGUAGCCCACGAGCGCUCGUCGAACGAGCACCGUCUUUCCCCGAGCUUCGUUCUCUGCCGCCGCGACCGGAGUAUAAGUCCACGCAUACUGUACACAGUAGAGAGAUAUACUCAGGCAAGUUCGCAGCAGUACCUUAGUCCAGUUGAGUGGUGCAUCGGUGAUAAUGACAGCGCGUAGUCGACGUGAUUCCAAACCGCAGCAGCAUCAGAGUAUAAGCCGCAGUCUCUGAUAGAGAGAAGCCGGUGUUUUCGUCGCGCAGCUGAUCCGAGCUGUGUCCGUCGCGCGCACGUGAAAACCGCAGCACCGAGCGAUAUCGUCACGGAGGAGCUUCCCCCGUUGUGAACAUUUUCUUAUUCUGCUUCCACGACCGCCACUGGCCGCUCGUCGGAAAAAAAGCACGCCGAGACAUUUUUCGUUAGGAGUGUGCGCAUGCAGCCACUCCAUAAACAGUAGAAAAAGAGAGAGUGCGAGAGAGGUGGACGGACAGAACGUAAACAGAGAAAGCGAAAGUAGACCGCGCAGCGCGGCGCCUCCCCGUCUCUCGUGAAGAAGGAAGAUAGAGCAUAAUCGCGAGUGUGGUGAUACAUAAAUCGGUCAAAAGUGAAGUGACCACGGGAGUUCGCGCCACUUUAAGAGCACAUCAACGGCUCGCAAAAUGGUGCCACAACAGCAAGACAGCCCCUCGAGCUCGGGCAUUCCACUGUUCGGCUCGCUGCUCGUCGACAAGAACUCAUCGACGCCCUACUCCGAUGCCACACAGACAAAGAAGAACAACCCGAACCACAUAAAGCGACCGAUGAACGCGUUCAUGGUGUGGUCGCAGAUCGAGCGCAGGAAAAUCUGCUCGAUCCAGCCGGACAUGCACAACGCGGAGAUCAGCAAGAGGCUCGGCAGACGUUGGAAGACGCUCGACGAGGCCGAGCGCAGGCCCUUCAUCGAGGAGGCCGAGAGGCUCCGCCAGCUCCAUAUGAUGGAGUACCCCGACUACAAAUACAGGCCGAGGAAGAAGACGAGCAAGCCCGCGGUGAGCCCCAAGUCGAAGGAGCUGAAGAAGAGCAAGAAGUCCUCCGCCGGCAGCUCGCCGCUCUCCGCCGCCAGCAGCGGCUCCUCCUCGUCCUCCUCGUCCGCCGCGUCUUCCGCGACCAGCAGCCCCAACCCCGCGGCCUCGCCCAAGCUCCGCUGCAACGACAGCAACAACAACAACCAGACGCCGGUCAAGAGGCUCCAGUCGCCGCCCACCACGAACCCCGUCUCCAGGCUCAAGGUCAGGCUCGCCCUCGACAAGAGGCCGCAGCAGCUCCCGCAGCCGAGCCAGCUGCUCGACUACACGCCCACGCCGCCGAUCGCCACGGCCAAGGUGCCCAGCAGUCCCUCCUGCGACACGCCCGACUCGCCCGAGUCCGCCAGCUUCUACGACGACCACUUCAUCGACUGCAACAGUCAAUUUGCCACGGCCAUCCACCAGCAGCAACAGCAGCACCAUCAGCAACAGCAGCAGCAGCAACAGCAGCAGCAGCAGCAGCAGAUCAAGCAGGAGGCCAUGGAGUUCGCAACGGCCGAAUUCGCCAACGACAGGCUCCUCUCCUCGGUGAGGACGUACACGCACCAGGACAUGCAGAACCUCGCCCGCGGCUUCCACGAGCAGCAGCAGCAGCAGCAGCAGCAGCAGAGGAACGCCUGCCACCCGGACGACGUAUUCAUCAAGCAGGAGCCCCAGCUGCACAUGGGCAACCUCGUGGUGGGCUCGAAUGCGACGAGCAUCAAGCUGGAGGAGCCGACGAACCCCACCCUCGCCGAUCUCGACUCGCUGACGGACCUGCUGCAGAUCCAGCCGGCGGACCUCGAGCUGCACCUCGACAUGGACACGAUCGCCACGGACUUCGUGUCGUUCGAGCGCUCCUCGGGCGCCGGCGGCAAUGCCGCGCCCUUCGACUUCACCAGCAACCCCGACGUCACCGAAAUGUUCUCCGACAUCGCGGUCAGCAACAACGACUGGGCCGCCUUCUGAGAUGAGCUGUACGACGAGGAGCUGGCCGACCGCGUCAACGGCGACCUCUUGCUCCUCGAGCAGCAGCCGUCCCGUCCCAGGGCCGCCUGCUCAUCCUCCAAGAGCUGCAGGAAGAAGCUCAGGAAGAAGAAGAAGAAGAGGAGGAGGCGGGCGCGCUCCGCCGGCGACCCGGCCCCCUCCUCCUUGUAACCGCCGACAGCUCCGCGAGGCUGUCGCGCCGGCCGCAUAUUCAUACGUUGUGUUCAUUAUUAAGAAAACAAAAAAAGUGAUCUCGAUAUCUCUAUAUCUCUACUGCUUGUAUCUCGGGUACACACUCUCACACACUCACACGCACACACACACACACACGCAAACACACGAAGGCACGUGUAGCGUGCGCGGACAAUCGACGGAAGCGACGUCGGAUCCUUCGGAGCUGCAGCGAAAAUACCAAAAGUUUGUCGUGCAAAUUUCGACUCCCCUCGCACCGCAGCGGUGCAAAACCGACGGCGCGCCGAGCGUAACAGCAGCAGCAGCGGCGGUUUAAAGGGACGUGAAUGGCGCUCGCGUUUUGUUUCCGGAGCGGAAGCACGGACCACUCGUCGACUCGAGUCCCAGCUGUUUCCCGUGCCGCCGUCAACGCCGCAUUCGCCGACUCAUUCCGGCGAGCAGGAGGAAGAGGGAGAGUCCCUCUCUCUGCCCAGUGCCAGCAGCAGCGGACACCCCCGCUCGUCGUCAGCUGAUCUCAACCGGUCCACCAGCACCUUUUCUCCGUACUCCCGACUCAUUGUGCCGACUUCCUCGAGCUUCCCGGAACAGCCGAGCCGUAACGGCCCGAAAAUCCAUUGAUCUCCGAAAGAUUAGAGGUCCAACAGAUUAGAGGUCCAACUGCAGAAACGGACGCGCUCCGCGUAGCUCCGGGAAUCGGCGAGAGACGGAGAGUGUCGUUGUCACUACGCGCGUACCAAGUGCAACUUUUCUUAAACAUUGUUCUCCUCGUUCUUGUUUUUGAAUCUUCUGUCGAGCCUCGAGCGACGAACAUAGAGAGACAGGGGGAGAGUAAGAUAACCCGCGCUCGCCGUGGGUUAUUGGUUGUACAAUACACUUAUUUACGCCGAUACGAAGCAUAUAAGCAGGAAGAAGUUAAAGAAAAAGCGUUUUUUUGUAUAUGUACUGUAGCAUACUAGAAGCCUAAGGACUUUUGUACGACACGCGCGAACGUGAACCUCCAGCCGACUGGCGAUCCCGAUCGGGCCCGCGAUCACUGGCGUCGAGAGCCAGGAGCUAGCCUCCCUGCGACAAGCAUCUCCUCCGCUAGCUUCUGCCUCUUCGAGCUGCGGGAAAGCCCGAUCGCGAGCGCCGCUCGGCCGAUCUUCACCGAUACCCUCCUUGUGUAUAUGCAUAUUUAGUAAUAUAUUAAUUCCUCGUAGAUUAUCCGAAACAGAGACGAGAGAAAGCGAGAGAGAUAGAGUUGCAAGUUUACGAUUCCUCCUCGUGUAUAUUCAUAUUUAGUAAUAUAUUGAUUCGUUGUAGACUAUACAGAUAUGAUGAUGAUGAUGAUAAUCAGUGAACCGUCGUGAGAGAGCGAGCUGCCAAGCGUGCGAGAUGUAACCACGUACACAUUGUUUUGACCAGGCGAAAGAACCGAUCGGCGAUUCCUGCUACUUCGUCGCGGCUCUCGAUCCACAACAGACUCUCAGUUUUAGUUCUCAGUCCACAAAAAAAUUCCUUAUUUAUUUACACCCGUUUGUACGCGUUGCAAAAAAUUUUAAAAAUCGGCACGAGACCGGAUCGAGGGUGGCGACUUUCCGAAUGCAGUCCGGGCGGUGGAAAUUCGAUUUUCACGGCUUGGCGGACUCGCCGCUCGGUUCUUUUACUCUUCGAGAGACAGAGUCAUAGCCACACACAUACACACACACACACACGCUUCAAACUCAGAUUACGCACAUCGAAGCGACAAACACGGAGCAGGCCGAAUUCUAUUACACAAUUUGUCACAAUUUGUACGAUAUAGUGAGACAGAGAGAAAGAAGCGCACGAAAGAGAACAAGAGCGAGAAGCAGAUUUUACCGAGCGACAACACACUUUUUAAGAUUGACGAUUUGGAAAAGGAGUUUAAUAAUCAUUGUACUAAAAUAGUUAUAUUGUACUAUUAUCUUUGAAAGAGAGAGGGGGAGAGUAAGAGGAGACGGAGAGAGCGAUAUCUUACUGUACGGCUAUCAAAAGAUCACGUCUUAAGAUCGUAACGCUUCACGAAACUCUUAUUGUUUUUGUUUUUGUCUUCAUGCAUAUAAAUAUAUAUUUAAAUAUAUAUCUGAGAAACGGCGCCAAAGCAGUGCGCCCUACUGUAUACAUAUAGUUAGAAGUGUAAGAGGCAAUUGAAAACGAGAGCGACACCGACACACAGACACUACUGAAAUUUGCAUAUUAUACCGACACUCGUACACUCACACACGCGAGAGAGAAAAGAGAGAGCGUGUCCGGAUUUUUAUUAGGGCUGAAAAGACGCGGGCCGAGCGUACGUCGCCCCACUUCCGCCUUUGUGAACUAUCGAUAUCAAACCUUGAUCUCAUGUUUCUUUUUUAUUACACUUACUUUUAACUAUUAACGACUCUCGACUUAACUUAUCUCGAUGUAAUUAACACAAUGUUGUUUUCUCUUUUGUACGAUGCCAGCGUUGGUCGUGUCUCACUACCACAUAUCUUUUUUCUUCUUCGUUUUUUUUUUGUUUCCCGCAAGAUCGCGUACUUUUGAUUUUCUCCUUGGUUCUCAUUCUCUCGCUGAGCAGCAAACUGAGAAAGAAGGAGGCAAAAAAUUAAGAGCAUAUACGGAGGAACGAGAAGAAAGAGCAGCGAGCAGACGGGCGUAGAGUCGUUUCAGCGGGUUUUCGUGUCCGAGGGCAGAAAAAGCUAGUGUGUUGUGAUCCGUCUAAAGCGAGCUCGUACGCAUGAUCAAGUUUGCUCUUUCUUGCGCGCCUUUUCUCGUGCGGAUUUAUCGGCCGUUCUUACGCGGGAUUACGCGAGAGAAAGAGAGAAAGAAGAGGGAAAAAUCGUAAGAUUGUAGAGUUGCGAUGAAGAAAAAGGGGAAGGACAAAAAUAAACGAAACAAACAACAAAAAAUAGUGCCUACCGCCUCCAAUCUUUGAAGGAAAGAAAACCGUUGUACAAAAUUAAAUACAGGGCCCAGAUGAUAAAAAAAAUUAAAAAAAAUAAAAGAAAAUUAAAGAUGACAGAGUAAAGAUAUGUUAGACUUCUAUUUACAUGCAAAAUGUGCUACAAAUCAAUUAAUGCGAUCACACCGAACAAUCAUUUUUGUUAACGAGGGAAUUCAUUGUUCUUGGUAAAGUUAUAGAUGAAAAAAGCAAGAUCGACGAUGAAAAAGAGACGAGCGCGAAUAGAAGGCAGGGCUGCUGGAGGGUUGAACGACAUUUUCGAAGCUUGACACGCAAAAGACACGUUUUCUCUGCAACAAAGAAAAAGCACGGGCGAGAGCAGUAGAUUCACAGGAAAAAUAACAGAGCAGACAGAUGUAUAGGAAAUCACUACAAUAUAAAGCAGGCUGUGAAAUAUCUCUGAAAAAAAACGGAGAAAACUAAAUCGGGCGGAACGUCGGAUAAGGACACGCGCUCGGGUGAUGGACGAGCCGCCGCGCGUUUUUUCGUCCCGACAUAGACGCACGCACGUACACGUACGAUAACGAACAUUGCAAACGGAAAUAAAAAUAAAACUGCCAUUUUUUCAGCCAGAGUUUAAUAGUCAAUUUCGUGCAGAAUGUAUAAUGUUACACAGGCUUGGUUUGCGUUCGCGCAGGACGACGCGUUUAUUAAAAAUAGAUGACAUAUCACGAUCGCAAUUGUUAUGCUUUGUUGCAAGCCGUCGUUAUUUCCGUUGCCGGCGAGGCGCGACGUGCACUUUUUUUGUUCUCUAUUCGGGAAACGCGCGCGGGGCAAUCAGGCGAGCGAGAUAUCGAAGAUCCCGAAAUGCCAAAUACAGAUCCGAGGGGAAGAGAGGGAGAGGUUGGGAACGGCCAGUAGCUUACCUAUCGUUUCUAAUCAUUUUCGUUGGUUCUUUUCCUACGCGCUUUCGAAGCUUGCGAACUUAUCGUUCUUCUGAGAAACGCGAAUCGGCACGCUUCGAGGAGGGGAAAAAUUGAGCAAAAGUUCUUUCUGUGUGGAUCGGGAGCGCUUAGGUCGUUAAGGGAAAAGUAAAAGUAAAAUUUUUGUGGUUAAGAAUACGAGUGUUACAGUUAUCGAGGGGCGCGCGCGCGCGCGAGUCCUUUUAUCGUCGCGAUUAUUUGAUAAACGAGAAAUCGUGGAAAGAAAAUUUAAUGAUUAUUACAAUAUUGUAAAGUAUACCUAACUUUUGUUCGUGGCUUGAUCGUAUUUGUGAAAGUGGUUAUAUUUGCGCGAGUUGUGAUGUUUUUUUGAAUAUUUAAUAACCGAGAGCGGGGAGGAGAACGGUGAAAAUUUAUAUAUGCAUAUUCCUAUAUAGUAUUCGUGUAAACGUAAAGUUGUAAAGAGAGAAAGGAUCAGACCUAAGGUUACGAUGAGUUCCGGCGGCUUUUUUCUUGUGUGAAUAUUUAUAUUAUCUGUAUAAGGGAAGAGAGAUUUUUAGAAGCUCAUCGAUGAAUUUUUUAAUACGAGUACGAAAAUCAAUAAUUAAAAAUGAAUGUUACAAAGUAUAUAGAAGGAAAAAUAACUAUUGAUAAAUUCUCACGAUGUAACGCGGCUGGCUGCAGAGGAAAGGCUGCGGAAAAUCUUUCAAGCUUCGUCCACUACUUGUUACCCGGGCUGAGAGAGAGAGAGAAAAAAAUUUGCAAAAAAAAAGAGUUUUGAACAAAUUUUAUCGUAAAAAGUAUUUAUUAUCCUAGAUUUAAUAAAUUAUAUCGAUCUGUAUUUGAACGCUAGAGAAAGAGAUACGAGUUGAGCAGGAGAGCAAAAAUGAAAAUCCUAACGACAACGAAAAGAAUUCGCGAGAGCCGCAACCUCCGUUCUCCUUUCUCUGCUACCGUCGAAUUAUGUCUUCUUUUAUUGCGAAUGCCCUCGGCAGAUUAUCGAGAGCCUCCCAAGGCUCAAGAUCGCGGGCCAAGUGCUCCUCUGCAGUAUUGCGAAAGAAUUCUCCCUCGGGAGCCUCGGUACUCUGCCGCGCGCACUCUUGUGUUACGAUUAGGAUUUUCCAAUUUUUAAAGACAUAAGGUUGAUGAAAAAAGUAUAUAUAUAUAUAUGAUAAAUCAAAUAGAUGUGUAGUAGUUUUUAACAAAUUUUUAGCAUUGUAUAUAUGUCCAAUUGAGAAACAAAAACGACAAGGAACGUCGGGCGGGCGAAAGUUGACGACUCGGAUCCUUUUGUGAGUUCGUAAUAAGCCGUGACGUUACAUGCUUUCUUUCUUUUUACGUUUUCGAACGAGGUGAAUAAUCCGACAGAUUUGUUUUCGUCCCUAAUCCUCAUUGGGAGUGUUCAACUUUUAUGUGUAAGCUAUUACGGAAAUGAUAGAUGCAUCUCUCCAACGUAUUGCGCUUGAUGGUGUACAUAAAACUUCAAAGUCACACAGUUUGUCCUUUUUAUUAUUUUUCUUUAUAAAGUACCUUAUUAGGCGCGCCGCGUGAAAGACGAGAAAUAAUUAAUAGACGCGGCGCGAGCAGUCGGGACUAGUCUAUAUAUUACGAGCUUCGUCGCGUUUCGAGACGCGGCGUCGCGCGCAGGCAUUUUUUGUUUCUCUGUUGUAUGCAAUCAUAUUGACGACGAAAAUGGAAGAUACUCUCCUGACAAAAUUACGACGACCAUGGGCGUCUCUUUUUGUUUCUUUUAAACGUUUUAUUUUUCUCCAAGAGCGGAAAAUAUUCGACGGCGGUUCACGCCACGCGCGAAAGGUCGUCGAAUAUCUUUUGCUCGGGGGGCCUUUUGUUCGACGAUGAAUCAAAUUCGAAAUCAUUUCGGAAACACUGCGGAGAGUACACCACAGUGCAAUAACAUUCAUUUCUGCGAGCUCGCAAUACGGAAAGAGUUGGCUUUUAACGGGAUAUUAUAUACGUAAGAGAGCAAAACGUAGUUUUCCUUUUUUGUAGUCCAUCCGUCACGAAUAAAGCUAUUUUUUUGCAAAAAAUGAGUAUAUGAAAGGUCGACGAUGAAAAAAAAAAUGAAUAAAGAGAGAGAAAACGGUGUUGUUGGGGCUCACCGGCAAUUAUUGAUAAACGCAUUCAUGUAUAGAGAUGCGGUGGGAUGAAUGGCGAAAAAAAAGCAUAGCAAUAUUUUUACACGAAGUCGAUUUGCAAAUAACUAUUGCCAAGUUUUGUUUGUUAGAGGUUUUUUUAAUAUUCAAGUUUCGUUUGCUUCUUUUACUUUUGUUCUCUUUCCUUUCCUUCUCUCUUCUUUCACACUUUCUUAUGUUUUAUUAUUUUAUACCUUUGCGUUUGUUCUCUCUUCCGACACGUUUCGUGCGACGAUUGCGAGAAGAGUUUGUGUUUUUUAUUUUGUUUUGUUCCAUUUAUUUACCAAUAUGCGUGUUAAAGCGAGCUACACGAGGAAUCAGCAAUGUAAUGAUUAUCCAGGAAAACAAAUGGAAAUACGUCUUUAAAUUAUCUAUUCUAGCUCUUUAAGUUACGCCUCUAUACAUAAGAAAAAUAAAGUUAUGCUAACGACUAACUUUAAAAAACCCAACUGUACAUUUGUAUUUAGCUCCUUGUUUAUAAUACUUAUUAUCUUGUUAUUAAGUAUCCGAUUUAUAUCAUUUUUUAUCGAAAUUAUUAAAAAAUAAUUUAAAAAUAAA